AUGAAACUAAAAGAUGCUUCCCGUCAAAUCAUUAAGGACAUAAAGAAACUUGAUGGGAAUCCUGCUGUUUACUCAAACCCUCAAAACUUCCUUUCAUUACCAUUCCCAUAUCCCGGAUCAAAAAAACCAAUAGAUAGGUUUUCUAUCAAUGGUGAUGUUGGGUAUGGAAAGUCACAUAUUCUCGCAGCAAUAGCUUGCUUUCUUCUCCGGAGCGAAAGGCGUGUUGUAUAUCUUCCCGACUGCCGCGAACUGGCUGUAAACCCAGUAAACUACAUUAAAUCAGCCUUAUUUCUCACCUAUGUGGAAGAUGAUGCGAAAAUAAGCGAAAUUGAUUCCUGUAAAAAUUUUGAUCAAAUCGUAAAAUUUUGUGAAUCAUUAGAUGAAACGCUAUAUUUUAUCGUAGACCAAAUGAAUGCUCUGGACGAUUGUGAUAAUACUGGAAUUAACCUAGAAAAAAAGAUUCAAGUUAAAGAAAACCUCGAUAAAAUGUGUACAGAUCAUUUUUAUAUCAUGAGUUCUUCAGCAAACAACAAAGCAGUAUGGCACCUUAGGCAAAAACAGACUAAUGAAAAGAAAAUUGAACUUUAUGGAGGAUUCGAUAAGGAGGAGAUGGAAGAGUGGUGGAAGAAGUAUAAUUCCGUUUUACCAACAAUGAAUAAUCAGCGGAAGGAUCAAAUUGAAGACAUCACCGGCAAUAUUCCGCUCUUCUUAAACGUUUUGCUGGAAUCUGAUUGUAAGAAUUUUGAAGAUGCAUUGGGUUACUUAAAUCAACAAUUAACAUCAAAGAUACAAGAGCCGAUGACGAACUUUUCAGACACUAUACCAAAAGGAAGACGGGAAUUUCACAUCGGCUUGAUGUCAUCGUUCCUGACAAAAGGAUAUCCUCCAUGUGGCUACGGAGUUAAUGAUUUUGAUCAUCGCUUCUUCUACAUUGAAAAUCAACACUGUCAUUAUGUCUGUGGGAUGGCACGGGAUUGCAUGGCGAAAUAUCUCUAUGAAAAGGGCAAAAUGGAAGUAUUUACAGAUAUAAAGUGGAUCAGUUGCAUAGAGAAAUUCAAAAAUAACCCAUCGGUUAAAGGAUUUUUUGUGGAGAAGGCGUGUAUUGCUAGUAUUUUCAAGAAUGGAAUAAUGGCGAACCGUGUAAAUUUUAAGCCUGACGAUAUGGAAUUUUUUGAUGAUGAAAGCGAUAUCCGAUUUUCUUCGAAUGAAGGGAAAUGUAUGCUUUACUUACCUCGGUGUUGGAACCAAGAGGCGAUUGAUGGAUUACUGAUUUCGCAAACAAAUAAUAAGUUGUAUGUUGCCCCAGUACAGAUUACCCUUAAUAAGAGUAGUCAUUCAGAUUCUGAAGGAAAAUUUUUCUCCAGUAUUUGGCCAAAUUUAAAAUCAAACUUAUCAGGCUUUGAAGACGGAUUGGAGAUAAUAUUUAUAUGGAUUACAAGCGAAAGUGAAACAGACGUGACAGUGGAAACAGAACAAUUUGGCUGCCUAAAUGAUAGCAACAAUGAGCCUUACGCUACGGAAAGCACCACUUGUAAUAAUUCUCAAGAGAAUCAUGGGUGUGUUAAAGAGUUAAUUCGAGGAUUUCAGCUACUAUCAGAUGCAAUUAAUAAUUAUAUUGACACAAUUAUAUACCGAAUGAAAAACUUGAUCCUGGUUCUAAUAUUCCCAAAUCUUUUGGAACAUUCCCAACUGCGGGCACGUAGUAUUUCCGAAUUAAUGUUGGCGGUCAAUGUAAAUCAAGUACAGGAAAUCCUUUUUGAUGAGGAGGAUUUAAAAAUGUCAGAGAUUCUAGAUAAUGUCCAAUCGAUUGUAAAUGAUGUUAAAAAGUAUGACAAGAACUACAAAAAUAUUCUCACCUAA